CUGUAAUUCUUGCGAUUUUUCCAUAGGAUUGAAGUUUGACCCUAUUUCAGUGCACGAAAAAAAAAAACCGUCGGAAGUUUUUCUCCGGAGUUCAUUCGAAUCUGGCUGUUUGAUGAGUUCCCAAAACUUACGCCCCUCACCCCUUCUCCCGACGUGAAUGUUUUCCACGCUAACUGAUGCCUGUUUCCAGUCAAGUGCCCACCAGUUUCGGACACUACGUGAAACCGACCUUCAAUUGGAGUCGCGUGGAACUUCUUGGGUUCCCUAUUUCUGAGCAAGAACUGGCCGCUGUUCGGGAAUACGUCCAAUCGCGCGUCAGGAAACUGAGCGAGGACUCGGACGGCAAGCUUUUCGCUACCAAGUGGAUCUCGAAAAGGAGGAAACGAUCUGCUGCUCAAGAUGAACAAGACAAAGACCAGAAAACCGGGGAAGCCCCAGCAACAUCAGCUCCUCCGCAUGCUCAGCCGGAGCGACUCUAUCCAUCGCCUGACCCGAGCACUCUGGCAAAUGCCCCGAAGCCAAUGGGAUAUGACAUGGAAGAUCGCCAGCAGCGAUUCGACAGUCGGCAAUUCCGUGGGGUUCCCCCGACCCCGACGCCUCCCCCGGGGUUUUAUUCAGUAGACCAGACCACUGGGGAGAUCGUCCUCAAACCAAGCCGCAUGAUCCCAUGGAUAACCAAUACAAGCACAAUGGCUGCAGUGGACGUUCUUGGUCUGCUCCUGAUCGGCAUAAUGCUGGCUGUGUUCACCUUUGUUAGUUGCUCUGUCCUUCGUUGGGUCUUCAUUCUCAGGUUUCGAGGUUCACCGAUGUCUUGUUUCCACAUAGCGACGAUUCGAUCAUGGGCCGAUUACCUUUUUGCGAGAAGGGAUUUGCAUCUCUAUGACAGCCUCGGACUAGUCUUUGAGAAGCAGCUGCCGAGAAAGUACAGAAUGCCGGACCGAGACGGAAAUUUCCUGUACUUUUUGCGAGAAGAAGAAGCGCAUUGUUUGGAGAACGAAGGUGUAAUGGAAGCUGAUCUGAAGCUCCGCUGCCAAGGAAACUCAGGUCGACAUCCUGUCCACGUGCAGGAGUGCGAAGUGCCUGGUUACUUUGAUCUCGCAACAGCAGAAGACAGGACGUUGUUCGCCGGUCGUCCGCCUCGAGCCGCCGCCCCGACGCAACUACGCCCAACUGCGACAAGUAGAAAUCCAUUAAGUGCCAAUAAUGGCCCGUUUUCGGUCCAGGUGGAAACGGAAGUCCAUAGGGAAGCCCGAAGGACGGAAACAGCGCCUCCGGAUCCCUUUCGCUCUGAGAAGUGUUUGAUUAGCCGUAGAUUUCGUCCAUCGGGCGAGAAGAUUAGGAGCAAACGUGAGGUGCCCUUCAGCAGCACGACGCGUCAGAAUAAGAAUCCUAGUAAGCGGAGAAUUGCUUGGAGGGAAGUUGCCCAGGUGGAAGAUCGUCGACAAGAGUAUUUGGAAUUUGUGGGACGGAUGAAACGGUUGAGAUCUGCUCAAGCUCACAAUAAGAUCGUCAUUGAGAACCGAGAGUCGAAAACGCCGGAAUUCGUUUCUCAACGAAGUCGGCAACAACAACAACAGUACACGUACAACAAUUUCUCCACCACCAUGCCGCCCAUCACCAUGACGGACGACUCUCAGACGACUCAACCCCAUUUCCCAACGACGAUGUCUUAUCAAACCCCGCUGUGUCAACCCGACAGCGGUUCUUCUCACGGGAAAAACACGGACUCGGCCCAGACGUCAGUCCCGGGUCACGUGAUGCUUCCGUACGACGGCAAGCAGGAGCAGCAGCAGCAGCAGCACGGGCGCGUGACGGCCGAUGACCUGCAACUUAUUGAAGAGUACCGUCGCCGAAGUCAGAAGCACGCUGCUGGAGGGACGCAACAGCAGCAGCAGCAGGACGUCAGGUUCUCGCCGAACGGGGUCGACAGGAGUUUAACCAUGCGACAGUUUGUCAAACCGGCGAUCAACGAGCAGCAGUUGAAAGCGAGACCCAAUGUGUCGAACUCGAAUCGGUCUACACGCACGAGUCAGAAAUCCGGGCAAGACUUUUCCCAACCCCAAAUCCGCCCCGAUCACCUGCUCACCCCGUACCCCGCGGUGCCUGCCGUCAAAUCCCGGUCGUACGGCAUUCAAACAACUGCUCGGAUACCGUCUUCCGCGCCGCCGUCGCAGCGGCCUCAUUCUCCGUCGUCGAAUCAUCAUCCCGCUCGACCACUGCACCAUCACAGGGACGGGAAACAAUACCAAUCGCUGCCGUUCAUCGUGGACGAAGACCUGGUGUCGAACACGGGGGACGAGGAUGGGGAAGCAAAGGGAAGGAGUGCGGGAGACGGCGGCGUUGCGAAGAAGAAUGCGGACUUUUUCCGAGGCCCGUUCCUGAGGCCCGUGAUCAAGUCGGUGGCGCCGCCGGGAGUGACGCCGAUGACGAUUGAAGGAGGCAAGAAGGUGAUGGGCUUCCCGCCAGAGAAGGGAUCUCGGAUGGGCUCCUAUUUGGCGUCAGAUGACGAACAAUUUCACCGCGAUGCAGAAGAUGGAGAAAUUGAUUCCACCCGGAGCACUCUGCGACUGAAAGAAGCAGAAUUUUUCGAAAACCUGCUGGAGGCUGAUGCUGCCAAAGCCGGAAAGGGAAAAUCGUCCCAUGUUGAUAAAAGAAACGAAGAAUCAAUCGUGCUUGUACCUGACUCUCAAAUAUAUUUCAAGUCAAUCCGGGAUAAGAUCGCGUUGUUCGAGUCUGCGCAAGAAACGGACGAAUUUCUGGAAGAGUUUCCUAUUGCGGACAAGCGAAGUGGAGGAGUUAAGUGGUCUCCAUCUAAUCAGGAUGUCGAACAAGGAAACGAGAUGACGACAUCGAAGCCCUCCACCCCCCACAGCAUGAGCGUAGCCUCCAUGAUGAAUCUCUACCCCGAAUCCUCGUCCGAAUCAUCUUCAGACAAGGAACACAAAGCUGUUCGCACUUCAACCGGAAUGCUGGAAAGAAUGGAUGCAACACCUGACGGGUUGCCCAACAAAUUGUCUCAGACGCACCUACGUCACAUGCGGGUGUUCAAGGAGAUGAACGAAACGCGAGCCACGACGUUGGUGCAGUGUCCGAGUUUCCCGAGCAUUCAAAUGAAGCGGAAUGACGACGAGGAGGUGAUUGUGUCUGUCGGCACGGUUUAUCAAUUUGCGGAGGGCCCGUCGCUGAAAACCCCUGUGCCUGAGCUUGAGGAGAAGUACGAAACCCCUGCGUACGUCAUUUCUUACAAUGAAAGCGCAGAAUAUGCUGAUCAGACUGGCGGAGAAGCGAAGCUAAAGAAUUUCGAAGGUCAAGCGCCGACUGAAAUGUUGCUGACUGCGGAUCGCGAAUUCGGCGGGAAUGUAGCCACUGGGAUGCUGACAGUCACAGAUGAACGGGGAAGGCAAGUUCUACGAUUCGUUUCCCCGCAUUUUCUGUUCAACUAUAUUUCCGACCGGAUCCGGCACCAUCAAGUCGUCGGACGACCGGACCUGACUGCGAAGAAUGUGACGUCGUCGAAGGGUGUGAUCCUCAGUACUGCCAUGGAAACAGCGGGAGGAGAGCUGCUUCACAGUACCGGAACUGAAGACGAGGAGCCUCGUACUCGGCAGUACUCUUCCCAUUACUUCAACGUUGGAGGCGAUCCAAUCAGGUUCGAAAUGAUGCGCGAUAAUUUGAAAGAAGGAGUGACAAACGACAGGGCACCGGGAUCCCCGAAGGAUUCCGCGAUGAUCGUGGAAACGAAUCCUGUUUGGAAACAGGCUCUAGAAAACCGCAGUGAGAACUCGGAGAUGAAAACAGUAAUUUGUGAAAGGUUCGGCGACGCGUUGAAUGACACAAAAAAUACCAAUACUCUACGAGUGACGACUGAAGCUACGGAGACAGAUGCAAUACCUUCGGACGUCGCCACGGAAACAAUGGAUGGACCGACGACAACGUCCACGUUAUUCGAAGAUCUCUCUGGCAAGCAGAAGUCGAUUCCGAGCAAAAUUCCCAAACGCAGAUCCCUCGUGAUGAUGACGAACGAAUGGAAGCUUUUGGUGUUCCUGUUCCCCUUCAUGGCCAGACGUUGUAAUGAGGAAGAGCCGCCGAUUUGCGAUAACACGCACAGUUUCGAGAUCCGAAUCCAAUGCAUUACGGUGUCCUGGAGCAACGAUGAGGCCAUUCCACGAAUGACCUCUUUGGAUUAUGGGGAAAACUACAUGUUCGUCAGAUUCGUGCACCCGUAUUUUGGGCAAAUCGAGACGAUCCCGACCCGUCUGGUUUACCUGCGUACGUCUACGGUUUCCAACAGCAAGGCCGACAUUUCGUUGUACGUUCGCACGGACGUGGCUCAUUUCUGGAGGAACUUGAAAACCCAGCCGGUCGUGACUUACCUUUGCCGCAAGGGAAAAAUCUUUGACGAGUUCAUCGGCCUCAACUUCCUCAAUUUCGGAGACCUCCAGCCUCAUCAUCCCGGCGAAGGAAAGGCAGGCUCAAUCCGCUUUUUCGCAGUGACAGAACUGGACGAAAGCAAAGCGCAGAAGGUGGUGUACGAAUUCAAUGUUCCAGUCCGCACUCCAAUCCCUGUUCCGCAACCUGCCUUCCACUCUGGCAAACUUCUGAUGACGGUUUCCAUCACUGAUCACGGACCUGUUCUUGCGGACAGCGUGGCCAUCACCUCGUCUCCCGUCACGGUGGAUGCUGCCACGUAUUACCUGGAAGACCUGCGGAGGUGGGAACUCCGCCAGAAGGACAGAUGCGCCGCCUUCUACCGCACCUUCCUCGACUUCCGCCCCGCAGAGUACGAGAUGCAGAAGCGAAUGGCGGACCUGGUGAAGGAGAUCGAGCCGAUCGUGAGCUCCGCCGAAGUGCAGCGCAUCGUCAAGACCGCCGAAAAGCGGACGCUUCUCAACUCCCGCCGCCUCGAGAACACGCUGGCCGAAUGUCUACGCAAUGCCGAGGACGUGCGGGACGCCGUGGCGGACACGGACAACGAGCGUGGCGCCGUUACGCGCAUCUUUGAGCAUCUCCACGCCACCUACGUGGUCAUUAUCCGCCUUCUCCCGCUUUUGUUUGUGGCGGCGGGGCUCGUCGCUGCCGCCUGGCUCCAGCCCGACUACCGCGAGUUGCGAGCGAGGCGGCAGCAGCGACAAAAACGGCGCCGUCAACAGGAGAUGAUGGAGCGAAAUAAAAUCCCGGCGAACGAGCACUUCACUUACGAUUUGCUAAGUGGGAAACAAAUGGAUCAGAAGCGGCGAGGUUUGGUCGCACUGAAGAACGAAGCGUACAAUAGCUUGGCUCGUCUACGAGAUUUUGUUGGAGAACAGAAUCCGCAAAACCUGGCAAACUUUGACAAGGCCAUGUACGACAUCAAGAAUGUCAGCAUUCCCAGUCUGCAGUCAAUCCUGUGCGGAGAAUAUUACUGCCCUGCGAUGGAUGAGCCUUUGCGCACGUAUGGUUUAUGAAGUCCUCGUGUAGUCCUUGUCAUAGUCUCUUUUUAUGUAUGUUUCAUCAUUCUUUAUAAAAGUGUUGAGCUGUUAGCCCGAUAAAAUAAUUCCCGUGA